CACCAAUGUAUGUACAGACAGCAUAGGGAUGUUAUAGCACCAAUUGUUUACUCGACUUACAACAAGAAAGAUAAGUACCAGCAACUGGAAUAUCGUCCAUAUUGCUGUGCUCCACCUGUUGAUUCCAUGAAACCAUAUUCUUCUAACUGGAUAAAUGUCGUGGAUCAACCGGUGCAUCAUUUAAGUACCUCAUGCGAAGAAGAAAAGGGUUGUCAUGAACAUUGCAAGCCAACUAAAUGUAGCCAAGCAAGAUGUGAAACGGUGGAUUGUCGGUGUCAACCAGUUACGCCAAAAGAGGUUGAUUUGUGUGUCAUUCCCGAACCAGUUCCUGAGUGUCCAAUAUGUCCUCAAGUAUUUUCAGGUUUGCAGGCAUUAUGGGCAAAUGAUGCGAAAAAGCAGGCCUCUCGAAAUUGUCAUAAACCUGCAAAUACGGCCUGCUGCAAUUGCAACAAGACAUACUUUUCAGAUAAUUCGUUGAAAAAGGAUUAUUGUGUGCCUAUAAGUCCACUAAUCUCUGAAGAAGCGGAAAAACGCAAUGAAGAGAUCAUUGAACCAUUUCCGAUGAUGAAUUGUGGCUGUUGCAAAGAUAUGAAAUGA